AAGUAGAGCAGCUUAUCAUUUACUCCCACAGAGCUCUGUCAUGCUAAACCUAAACGAAGUCUAAAAUCUUGCAAAUGUGCCGAAGUACACGUUUCAAAUAAUCGAUACUUCAUUCAGGAUGUGGUCAAGUUGCUAUGCCCAACAGUAAAUUCUGAUAACUCAUGAAGAUGUGAAAAUAAUUUCUUCGUCUCUUCCGUCGGAUUCUUUGCCACCUCUUGGUGAGCCUCAAGAGAUUCCCACCCAACAAGCAUUACAAGUCGAUUCUCCCUCUCUGGAUUAAACCCCCAAGUUGACAGCGUCACAGUCUUCGUAUCCUGGUUCGCAAGAGUGUCAAGGUAAGGUGCGAUCUCGUCCUUUGUCCUUCCUUCUCUAAGCGUGAAGUAGACGACUUCACAGACUGGAGCGGUUAAUGCUGCGGUCGGAUCAACAGGAAAUUGGAUACGGUCUACUUCGAUUUUAUCCCUAAGUGAUGAGUCGAGCUCUGAACGUGAAGUCAAGGUUUGAGACCCGUGCGCUCCGAAGACGGAAAUUGCGUAUCCGCGAGUAGGGUCCUCAAUUUGGACGCCAUGAUAGGAUCUUGCAUCUGUGCUAUUGACAGUACCAGAUAAGGAACACUGAUUCGCAUGAUAGUCAUCCGGAGCCGAAAACAAGACAAUUUCUACCAAGUGAGCCGGCAUCGCAGUAAAAGGCCUGUGAUAUCUACAAGAUGCAGCACUGCUUUUAUAUAGCGCGGAACUCUGUGCCACCACGCCUUAAGCUUCUGCUGUAUUAGAUUGCACCCCAAAGAUAAACAAGCGACACAGCGCUUCGAGAAUCUGAAGCAUAUACGGUUGGUGGAGAGAGUUAUGAUGUGCUGCCGCCAAUGAACCUAGAUUGGAGGAGAAACCGUUGGAAGACGUAUGUUCUUUAACUUCUGAUGUAUGCCUUAAUCGGGAUGCGCGACGUGUAAUGAGAACGAGAUCUCGAGGAAUAAAGUUUCUUAUUAUACACCUUACCAAUCCUUCGCCUACCACCUACCACUCCUCACACCAUGUCCGAUAAGCCCACAUACAUUUACAAGCUCGUUCCAUACACUGCACCCGUUCCCGACGAGCUCCCAGAGCGACUCCCGGUCAGCGAUAUCGACCAGAAUUCGGGCUUCAUCCACUUGUCUACUGCACCACAAGUCCCGAACACACUCAAGUUUUUUUUUGGCAACGAUCCAAAGGUCUACAUUCUCCGCCUCAGUUACGAGCCAUUGGAGAAAAAUAUCCGCUGGGAGGAUCCAAAAGCGGAGGUGUGUGGCCCACGGGGCGGUGAGGGCAUGUUUCCCCAUCUGUACAAUGGAUUGAAACUCGGAAAAGACGAGAUCGAGAGUGUGCAGACAUGGGAGAAGGGAGACGGAGGAUGGGACGAAGCGUUGAAGAAAGCAGAGUCCUGGCUUGUUUACUGAUUACUAAGCACAACGGACAUGUAUUCAUGUUAUCAUUAACCCAGUCCACUACAAUCGGCCACUAUGUCAAUGUAACUUUUGAGAGCCUCGGCAUAAAUAACUAGUCAAGCAAUAUAAUCAUAACAGUGUAGACACAAGAAAUGUAAUUAAAUUUACAC